AUGCUUCAGACGCAGACUCAGCACGUUUUUUCUCAUCAGCAUCAAUACCCCGCUGACCCCUCCUGGCUGCAACAUCAACAGCAGCAGCAGCAGCAGCACCAUCAAGCCCAACACCACCCACACCAGGCCCAACAACAGCAUUCUUCCUUGGUGGCCCAACAGCAUGCCCAAGUGCAGGCUGCUGCGGCAGCCGCCGCCGCAGCUCAGCAACAACACUAUAAUCGCAUCGCUAUGGCCGGUAAUCCUGCCGCUGGAAACCCCACACAGGGUGCGGGUGCUGGAGGAUUGAGCGGGGAUGGCGCUCUCCCAGGCGCAGUAUCGGUGAUGGAUGGUGGGAUCAGUGAUGAGAACCGCAAGGUUUUCAUCUGGGUUGCUGAGCUUUUGGAUCCAAACCGCAGAGAAGCUGCUCUUAUGGAACUAAGUAAGAAGCGAGAGCAGGUUCCUGAGUUGGCGCUUGUCAUUUGGCAUUCGUUUGGCGUCAUGACUGCUUUGCUUCAGGAGAUCAUUUCUGUAUACCCCUUGUUGAACCCCUCUCAGUUAACCGCUGCGGCUUCAAAUCGAGUCUGCAACGCACUGGCUCUAUUGCAAUGUGUCGCCUCCCACAAUGAGACCCGCACACUAUUUCUGAAUGCUCACAUCCCCCUUUUUCUUUAUCCCUUCCUGAAUACGACCUCUAAAUCUCGCCCGUUCGAGUACCUUCGCCUCACCUCUCUUGGUGUGAUCGGAGCUUUGGUCAAGAAUGACUCCUCUGAUGUCAUUAACUUCCUCCUCACAACCGAGAUUAUCCCCCUCUGCCUCCGUAUCAUGGAAACCGGUUCGGAGUUGAGCAAAACAGUUGCUAUCUUUAUUGUGCAAAAAAUCCUGCUUGAUGAUAUUGGCCUUGCGUAUAUAUGUGCGACAUACGAGAGAUUCUAUGCUGUGGGAACGGUUCUAAGCAACAUGGUCACCCAGCUCGUGGAGCAGCAGACCGUAAGGCUUCUGAAGCACGUUGUGCGCUGCUUCCUUCGCCUGAGUGAUAACAGCAGAGCGCGUGAGGCCUUGCGCCAAUGCCUUCCCGAGCCUUUGCGAGACGCCACUUUCUCCUCCGUCCUCCGCGAUGAUGCAGCCACGAAACGUUGUCUCGCACAGCUUCUUAUCAAUCUUUCCGAUAAUGUCUCUGAUGGCGCUCCGGGUGUUGCUAUGUAA